AUGGGAAAGAUUGCGGUGGGGUGGCCUCGCCCGGGACAGCUUCGCCUUUCCGAGAACCCGGGCGCAGGAGAUGGAGAGGUGAACCCCGCGCUGCCCCGCCGGGGGAGGCCGGGACCGGGAAAUCCCCCUGGGUGCCUGGUGCACAGCGCGUUGUUUCGGUACUACUGUAAAAUGUCCAAUCGAUGCCGGCUGUUGUCAGACUUUCGAAUGCAUACAACUCACGAACCGUUCAGAUGUGGCUCGCUCUUUCGCCGCAGCGGACGGGAGCAGUUUCAUGGCCUCGGGUCUAUGUACUGCAGAGGAGCAGCUGCUGUGAUCCUCACGUAUGAUGUGAACAGCCUCCAAAGCCUGACAGAGCUGGAAGAAAGAUUCUUGGCACUGACAGACAGUGCGAGUGCUGACUGCAUUUUUGCUAUUGUUGGAAAUAAAGUUGACCUCUCCGAUGACUCUGCUUUACCGCCGGAUGAAAGUAGACCUGAGAAGUCUGUUGCUAGCUGUGGCUCGAAGGUGCGAAAGCAAGUCCGUGCAGAGGAUGCGAUUGCGCUCUAUAAAAAGAUACUGAAAUACAAAAUGCUAGAUGAGAAGGAUGUUCCAGCAGCUGAGAAAAUGUGCUUUGAGACCAGUGCAAAAACAGGAUACAAGGUGGACUACCUCUUUGAAACUGUGUUUGAGAUGGUAGUCCCCAUAAUUGUACGGCAGAAAGCUGAGGGGCCACCGCAAACUGUAGACAUUACCGACUACAAGCCAGCAAAAAGGACGAAGUCUGGUUGUUGUGCCUGA